AUGGCUAUCAAGAGAGGCCACCGAGGCACCUCUCGCCAGUGCCUGCGAAGGCACUGGCGAGAGGCAAUCAAACGCCUCGAGCACAGAGCUGCUGUCGCUGCUGCUGCCGCCGCCACCAUCGAGCCUCAGGCUCCUAUCGACUCCUCUGCCGGCGUAAGCUUUCGUAGCAACGAGAUCUUUUGA